UCUAGUAUUUCAUGUAAAGCUUCAGCUUCUACAUUAAUUGGCCUACAAAAAUGUUAUACGAUUCCAUUCUUGCCAGGAGCUUUAGCAAGCAUGAACAAAAGAAGAUGGGCUAUGGAGCUUUGAUGGGUUGCUUGUUCAUUGCAUUUAGCUUCAGCAUUAUGCUCAAACCUCAUCUGGGUCGCCAUUUUCUAGCUUUGAAUCUGAGGCUUUUUCCAAGAGCUUCAGGAAUCAAAAUGGCUGACAUUAUUACAAAGAAGCCAACGCCAGCAUGCAAUUGGAUGGAUUGGACAGAUUUCUGCGACAUUGAUAUGAAUGUUAGAAUUCAUGGAGAAUCUUCCUCAGUGAUGUUUGCUUCAACCGACAUGGAAGAACACUUAGAACGCAACAGCACUUGGAAAAUCAAGCCAUAUGCUAGAAAACAAGAUGCAAAUGCAAUGAAGAACACAAGAGAAUGGUCUGUAAAAGCAGCAAAAAGCCCCCAAAAACUGCCUCAAUGUACACAAAAUCAUAGCGUUCCAGCCAUUCUGUUCUCCCUUGGCGGAUAUGCAGGAAACCAUUUCCAUGACUUCACAGACGUGAUCAUUCCACUGUUCAUAACAGCAAGAAAAUUCAAUGGGGAGGUCCAAUUCCUCAUAACUGAUAGCAAAUCUUGGUGGGUUUUAAAGUAUCAAGCAAUACUAUCAAAGUUGUCGAACUAUGAUAUCAUUUACAUUGACAAGGAGGCGCAAGUUCUUUGCUUUCCUCAUGUCAUUGUAGGGCUCAAACGUGACCCAAAAGAGCUUAGCAUUGAUUCAAACAACCAUUCAUUCUCUAUGAAGGAUUUCAAAGAGUUCUUGAGAAGUUCUUACUCGUUGAACAGAGGCAGAGCAAUGGAAAACAGAGGAAGAGGCAGAGGAAGGAAAAAGUGGGAGAUUAAGCCACGGCUUCUCAUAGUUGCAAGAAGAAAAACACGGUCAUUUACGAACACAGGGGAGAUCAUCAAGAUGGCUAAGAAAUUGGGUUUUCAAGUGAUUGUUACAGAGCCAGACGCUAACUUGAAGAAAGUUGCAGAAACUGUGAACUCUUGUGAUGUGAUGAUGGGAGUUCAUGGCGCUGGGCUUACCAACAUUGUGUUUCUUCCUGAAAGGUCAGUUUUUAUUCAGAUUGUACCAUUUGGAGGAGCAGAAUGGGUAUCCACUAGGUUCUUUGGAGAGCCAUCGAAGGACAUGGAAUUGAAGUAUUUGGGGUAUGAUAUCAGUUUGAAAGAAAGCACGUUGAUUCAGCAGUACCCUAAAGAACAUGUGGUUUUGAGAGAUCCUGUGGCAAUCCAAAAACAGGGUUGGAGUGCUUUCAAGUCCAUCUAUUUUGAUAACCAAAAUGUGAAACUUGAUAUCAAUAGAUUUAGACCCACUUUGCUUAAGGCUCUUGAGCUUCUGCACCACAGUAGCUAGCCAUAUGCAUGCUUUUCAUUUUUAGUCUUUUGGGUCGGUUUGAUAUGACUUUGUAAGUGUUUUGAUAAGU